GGAGCAUUUGUGGACCCACCCUGCCCAUGGCAACCAAAGAGAGUGAAGGUCGUGCCUUGCCUAUGACCUCAUCCCUUGGGUGGUCAAGGUGACCACACAGGGGCCCACACUGGGAGUCUGCUCAGGUCCUCUGCCCUCUGUGGCUCUCUGCCUGAGGGUGACGUGACCACAGCGAAAGCCUCAGACCUGGCUGCCCCGAGGGGAUCCCCAGUAUCUGCUCUUCACAGAUGACACCCCCUGAGCAGAAGCAUGAGGUUGGCAGAGACGCACGUUCCCCUCAGGGCUCCGCUUCUGCUGUUAGGGCUGUGGGCACUCCUGGGGCCUGUCCAGUGCUUCCCUGACCGCCCCUCGUGGCACUAUGCCUCAGCUGAGGUGGUGAUUCCCAGGAAGCACACACACUAUGGCAAAGGCGGGCACGUGCCCGGCUGGCUGUCCUACAGCCUGCGCUUUGGGGGCCAGAGGCACGUCAUCCAUCUGCGGAGAAAAACACGGUUUCAGCCCACACAUCUGCCGGUGGCGACGCAGACUGACCAAGGUGCCUUGCAGAUUCAGUACCCCUACAUCCCUCUGGACUGUAACUACGUCGGCUACGUGGAGGAAGUUCCUUACUCGAUGGCCAACAUCGACACGUGCUACGGAGGCCUGGAAGGGAUCAUGAAGUUGGAUGACCGGGCCUAUGAAAUCAAGCCCCUCAAGGAUUCCCUCAUUUUUGAGCACAUUGUGUCCCAGAUAGUGGUGGAUGUCAAUGAAACAGAGCCUCCAUAUAGACCUGAAGAGGAGAGGCCCUCACUAUUCCAUGGGGCUGAUGUCACUGCAAACCCCAGGAUCCCUAGUAAGGUGUAUCUGUACCAUCCCAUCAGAAUAAAAGGCUUUAUUCAAAGUCCCAAUGAGAUAUACAAGAAACAUGGCAGCAACGUGACACAGACUAUAAGAUUUAUGCUGAGACUGGGUGGUGCAGUUGCAGCAAUAGCUGAAAAUAUAGCUCUUCGGUACAUUGUAUUUGCCUUGGGCGUAUUUGAUCAGAGAGACCCAGUGUCACUUACUGACUACAGAAUGCCACAAGGUGCUUAUUUUCAACUGUACAGACGUCUAAUCUGGCAGGUCAUAAAACCCAAUGCAGCCUUCGUAGUACUUCUGAAAGGACCUUAUGAAUUAGACGUUGCUCCACCUCUUUAUGGUUUAUGCAGUGAUAGACACUUGAUGUUUAUUGGACUAAGGGGUAGACACUACUUCUUCGGAGCUGUCAUAGCAGCACAACAGGUUUCGAGAUGUUUUGGUUUAGAAUAUGAUACCAAGUAUUGCCGGUGCCAGAGAAGGGCCACCUGCGUGAUGAGCCGGCACCCUGUGUUAACAGAUGCGUACAGUAACUGCUCCUAUUUGCACAUGGCAAACACAGUUGCAUCAGGACGAGAGUCAUGCCUGUAUUCAGAAUUUUCAUACUAUAACAAAACCCAUACAGAGUAUCUUUGUGGGAACCAAAGAGUGGAACCAGGGGAGGAGUGUGAUUGUGGAUCCUUCAAGCGAUGCUAUGCUAACGCAUGUUGUCAGACUACCUGCAGGUUUACUCCUGGUAGCAUUUGUGAUGGGGAAGAUUGCUGCACAAACUGCACCUACUCCCCAGUGGGGACACUCUGCAGACCCAUCAAGAACAUAUGCGAUCUGCCCGAGUAUUGCUUCGGAAACGUACGGACCUGUCCGACGGACCUGCAUAUGCAAGAUGGAACCCCGUGCACUGAAGAAAGCUACUGUUAUCAAGGAAACUGUUCUGAUCGCACCAUGCAUUGCAGAGAGAUCUUUGGCAGAAAUGCUGUGAAUGGUGAUAGUGUCUGCUAUAAAAUAAAUGCAAAAGGCAACAGAUUUGGACAUUGUUCCAGGUACCCUUCAUCGAUGACUCACAAUGCUUGCAGUCCACGCGACCUUCUUUGUGGAAAGUUACAGUGUACCAAUGUUACUCACCUUCCCCGGUUGCAGGAACAUGUUUCAUUCCAUCAGUCUAAGUAUGAUAAGUCUUGGUGUUUUGGGGUGGAUGAACACCGUCAGACGCAAACCGUUGAUGUGGGACAUGUGCGAACUGGUACAGUCUGUGCCCCUGGAAAAUUCUGUGAUAGAAACUCUUGCAAUGGCUCCGUAUCAAGAAUACAUUAUGACUGUACUCCGGAUAAGUGCAAUUUUAGGGGACUUUGCAACAACCAAAAGGAAUGUCAUUGCCAUGUAGGUUGGGACCCUCCACUGUGUAAAAAAAGAGGUGCUGGUGGGAGUACGAGCGGUGGGCCACCUCCAAGAAAAUUGCGGACCGUAAUCCACUCAAAGGAGGCAGUGCAGUAUAUGAGACUAUUGUUUGGUCGCCUGUACGCAAUAAUAGCGGCACUGCUCUUUGGGGUGGCCACGAAUGUGCGUGUAAUCAAGACUGUCACUGUUCAGGAAGAACCUCCUCCUGAGCCAAACUAAAGGGAGUCAGGCUUCCACCUCUGUAAACCAGACAACUUCGGAGAAAUCAGAAGACGAGAUAACAAAGCCUCAAGUCCUGCACAUCCACACAAGUCCCUGGGACCCGUGGCACAUGGGGGGGAAUGUGGGAGGAGUGGGCUCAGUGGACAGCAGCUAUUCCUGCAUUGGCUGCGGAUGCUCACUGUGUCAUGCACCCAAAUAAAUCCUUCCAACCCGCGA